CCCCGGGUAUCCGGUCAGCCCCGCGCCGGGGCGGGCUGCGGCUUAAAGGCCGGGCUCAGCCCGCCAUCCUGCUCUCUAUGCUGCCCUUCCUCCGCGGGGCACGGCCUCUCUGCUCCCUCAGGCGGAGUUGUCUCCGUUCUUCAGUCCGGCAAGCGGAGCUCUACAGGUCUGACAGUCUACUGCAGAUAUCAGAAAAAAUAGCCUCAAGAUGAACUUCUUCCUGGAGAUGCUCAAAGUCAUUGGACUUUCAACAUAUUACAUGCUGGAGUCACUAGUGUUUUUGUUUGUGCCUAAACGUAAGAAGAGCGUGAGCGGUGAAAUAGUAUUAAUAACGGGAGCAGGAAGUGGAAUUGGAAGACUCUUAUCCGUAAAAUUUGCCAAACUUGGAGCCACACUGGUUCUUUGGGACAUUAACCAAGAUGGACUCAAGGAGACGGUUAGACUGGCUGAAGAAAAUGGAGCAGUAAGAGUACAUUCUUACAUCUGUGACUGCAGCAAAAGGCAGGAAGUCUACAGAGUAGCAGAUCAGGUUAAAAAAGAAGUUGGCGAUGUCAGCAUCCUAGUCAACAAUGCUGGUAUUGUAACUGGAAAGAGCUUUAUUGAAUCUCCAGACUCACUUGUGGAAAAAACUAUGGAAGUGAACACAAUGGCACACUUUUGGACAUAUAAAGCCUUCCUUCCAGCAAUGAUAGCCUCUAACCAUGGACACUUGGUUAGCAUUGCAAGCUCAGCAGGACUGAUUGGAGUCAAUCGCCUUGCAGAUUACUGUGCAAGUAAGUUUGCAGCCGUUGGUUUUGCAGAGUCAAUUAGUUUAGAGAUGAGAGCUCUGGGAAAGACUGGUGUUAAAACCACAACUGUGUGUCCUUACUUCAUAAACACGGGGAUGUUUGAUGGCUGCAGUACCAAGUGGCCACGUCUGCUUCCCAUUUUAGAGCCAGAGUAUGUGGCUGAAAAGAUAAUGACUGCUAUUCGACAAGACCAAGCAGUUUUGUUACUACCACGCAUUUUGUAUUUCUUCUUUGCUUUCAAAAAUAUCCUACCAGUGAAAGUAGGCGUUCUCCUUGUGGACUUUGUUGGAGCCCUCCAUUUCAUGGAUAGCUUCAAAGGUCGAGCGAAGAAGGACUGAAAAUUGCACAAAACUCAGCAACUCAAAAGCAGACCUUGUUAAAGGUGGUGGUGGGAAAGGUCUGCUUCUCUAGCAGCUGUGAACUUAACGUGCCUCACUUCCACUUAAUACCAUUUUUAAGGAAAUUGAUUUUUACUUAGCUCUUAAUCAACAGCUUUCACAUGAGUUUUAUUUUUUUUAUCCAACAAACUGUUUUCCCCUCUUUAUGGAAGCAGAAACUUUGAAAUGCAUUCCCUUGGUAAUAUAUAACGCCUUAAGUAUCAUUCUGCUUCACAAACUAAAAAUUGGCAGUUUGGGGGGAGAUGAUCUCAGGACUAACAGGUGACUAUGGAUGUCUCGGGGAACAAAAGAAUGUAAAUGGCAUUUGUGCUGCUAAUCGACUUCUUGUCUAAUUUAUUUUAAAAGCUAAUACUAUGCCUGCAACUUUGUAAUAGAAAUCUUUGUAUCUUAUGAGUGCAAUAUUUUAGGAACAAUUUUAACUUCUCAUCUCCCACACAGAGUUUGUAGUUACAAAGCAUAAUACUGCCAGUCAAGAUGGGCUGUCAAACAUCUUGCCAAGUAAGACAACAAAAAUACUUUGGCUACUAAAAUCAAAGGUAUUACAUGGUGUAAUCAGGGCUUCUCCUGGGACUGUUUCAGAAAGGAAUGCUGCUGCUAGAACUGAAUAGGAUCACUAGAACUACAGCUUGAGUACCAGCACUGUGUUUUGCUCCUGAAUUGGGCAGCAGGUUGUCUUCUGUCUACAGAGACUUGUUUUAUUUGCCUUUACUCUUAGGACUGUCCUCGGGUAUGCUGAGGAGGCCUUGUCCUUUUUGACAAUGACCACUUAGAGCGCCGCUCACCCCAUGUGACUUUCAUAAAAUCCAAAACAAGGAAGAUUAUAAAUUAUGCUAUUUAUAUUAUAUAUACCAGUUAAACCAGUCUCAUGUCACAGUACUCCACUGGCAAUUGGCAGUGCCUACAAACUAAGACUAUAAAAUGCUUUAGCAUGAAAUUAACUGCAGACAGCAUGGAGAAAAGGGUGACUGGGGAUUGGACUCCAUGAUCUCUAGAGGUCCCUUCCAACCCCUACAAUUCUGUGAUUCCAAGAAAAAAAAGAAUUGUUUUUCCAUGAAGGCCUAGAAACUGUUAUCAUUUCCCUUACCUGUACAAUUAAUGAUGUUUUUACUGAUUGAGAAAAGCUUAAGUUGGACUAUUUUGCUACUGAUGAGCAAGAAACACUGGGUCAAACAAGAAUGUUAACAGUUGCUUUACAGUUAUGAUGGAUUGCUGAGAGGUAGAAUUCAGACUGAUGAAGAAAAAAAAAUUCUCAGCUGUUCUCUCAGGUCUGCAGUUCUGUUUCAGAAAUUCUGCUCACUUUGCAGCACAAUUCAGGGAGUUGAAGUUAUUAAUUAGAAAAUACAUGCCUGUAAAUUCUGUCAUAUGUACAUAGCACUGUUUGCUAGUAAUAAAGCCAAUCACUGAUUUAACCAUUUUCCCUCUUAAUGUGGAGGAUCUUUCCUAGGAAUGUGCUGGAGAAGUAUGUCUCCAUAAGGAUUUUACAGAAUCACUGAGUUUGAAAGGUAGCUAUUCUCAGAGCAAGGUCAAUUAGUGAGUUGGUCAGUACUGUCUCCAGUUUCCAAUAGACUCUACAACCUCUGUGGAUGGCCUGUUCCACUGUGUGUGAUUACACAGAGUUUAAAAAUAAAUGCUUAUGUGGAA